AAUGAAUGGAAAGAGAAGAAGAGAGAGGUAAAGAGAGAGAAGUUGAAAGAGAGGUAGAGAGAGAGAGAGAGAGAGAGAGAGAGAGAGAGAGAGAGAGAGAGAGAGAGAGAGAGAGAGAGAGAGAGAGAGAGAGAGAGAAAGAGCGAGAGAGAGAGAGAGGGAGAGAGAGAGAGAGAGAGAGAGAGAGAGAGAGAGAGAGAGAGAGAGAGGGGGGGGGGGGGGGGGGGGGGGGGGGGGGGGGAGGGAAUGGUAAAACGGCAGGCAAGGAGGGGGGAGACGGCAGGCGAUGGGGAAAGCGGCCGACAAAGGAGGGGGGAGGCUGCCGCGAGACAGCGGGCGAAGAGGGAGGGAGGGAGGGAGGGAGGGAGGGAGGGAGGGGGGGAGGUAGGGGGAGGCGGGGAGGGAGGGAGGGGGGGGAGGGGGGGGGAGGGGGAGGGGGGGAGGGAGGGAUGGAGGGAGGGAGGGAAGGAGGGAGGGAGGUAGGGAGGGAGGGAGGGAGGGAGGGAGGGAGGAAGGAAGGGAGGGAGGGAGGGAGGGAGGGAGGGAAUGAGGGAUGGGGAGGGAGGGAAGGAGGAACU